AUGAGAGGGGGCAGAUUUCUCAACUCUCUGCGGCAGCUAGCCAGGCAGCCAGUGAGCAACACGCCUUUGAUCCGCAACGCAUUCGAGCUGGGGCACUGCGUUUCCAAGCCGAUCAAGCAGGGGUGUAUGUCGCCGCCGUCCAAGGAGAAGCAGUACUUUUUGAUCGGGCUCUCGUCGUCGAUGAAGCAGCAGCACGCCGCUGCAAUGAAGAACUUGCUGACUUCCACACACAUCAAGAACAGCAGCUCUGCCGCUGCUAUGGUGCAAGAACCUCUGGAAGAUAAAAUGGAAGCUCCUCCUCCGGUGGAGGACAAUGUGGUUCCUCCUGCACUGGAAACAUCUUCUCCGGCAGAGCAAGUUUGUGAUGCUGGGAUUUCUCCCGGUUACUGGGGCGUGCGUUUCGGCAAGCCGAACGAUGUUGGGUCGAACAUUUGGAAUUCCUUCCGGUAUCGACGUAAACAAGCACAGGAACCCAGAGAAUUUCUCCGACCAGUUUGCGAGGCUGGCCGUGAUGGCUCUAAGAUUUCCCACCGACUUGCUCUUUCGGGUGAUGCUGCACAACCAUUUCUAAAGUUUCAUAUAAGUUUGACAUCUAAAGCACAACGUUACAUAUGUCGAGCCGCAAUGCUAGAAACCAUCUCUGGUGUUCCCGGAAUGGUUGGCGGGAUGGUUUUGCAUUGUAAGUCUCUGAGGCGAGUAGAGCACAGUGGAGGGUGGAUCAAGGCUCUUAUGGAAGAAGCAGAAAACGAACGAAUGCACCUGAUGACGUUCAUGGAGCUGUCCAAACCAUCGUGGCAGGAACGGGCCCUGGUUUUUACUGCUCAAGGGAUGUUUAUGAACGCGUACUUCCUGCUUUACGUCGUUUCUCCUCGGUUUGCUCAUCGGAUGGCGGGGUACAUCAGAGAGGAGACAAUCCAGUCGUAUACACAACUCAUCAAUGACAUAGACGACGGAAAGGUCCCAAACGCUCCUGCGCCGGACCUUGCUAUCGACUACUGGAGGUUGCCAAUGGAUGCGACACUACGGGACGUUGUCAUGGUCAUUCGGGCAGAUGAAAUACACCAUCGCGAAAUAAAUCACUUCGCUGCUGAUGUUUAUAUGCAAGGGCAUACUCUCAAAGAGGCUCCUGCAGAUAUGGUCACCAUGACAACUAGCUUUGCGAGGAGUCACGCGUCGACUACGUAGAGAUCAUUCAGCCGCUCAACAAUGAUUCGCUCAUGUUAUUUUGUGUUUCCAGAAAUAUAGAUGACCUUCCACAGACAAACAUCCUUUUAAAAAUUGAUGUUUGUUCCGCUUU